AUGGCAGAAUCAAGCAAGAAGCAGAGAAGAGCGAAUUGGGAAGUGACAGAGAAACAUUAUCUUCUGGAACUAAUUGUUGAAAGUGUAGAGGUAAUAGAAAACAAGAAGAAUGACUACGAGGCCAAUGUGGCAAAGAACGAUGAGUGGAGCCGCAUCCACCUAAUGUUCCAGGCUCGUUAUAGGAGGGAAUUAAAAGAGCUCAAGGAGCAGUGGAAGAGGAUGAAGCUGGUGGCUAAGAACGAAUGGAGUGUAUGGAGUUCGGGGAGGAGAUUGACAGGGGGAGGGCCAGCUCCCAAAUCUCCUUCAGCCAUAACUACCUUCAUUCACAAUUUAAUUCCCCAGGAUUUUCGACAAAUAAAAAACAGUUUUGAUUGUGACGCAGAGAUCACUGUUAACAACGAGGAGGCAGUGACGGCAUUGCGUUACCUGGCAGGAGAAAGGCAGGAAUUUACCUGCAGUUCUUUUGGCAUGGAUGGCAUUGAAAGCAAUCGUGACAUGACACUCCUCCAGCUCAAUGAUCCCACAGAUGACCCUAUCAUCACGCAUCCAUCCACCAGCACAUCUUCUUCAUCUAAUCCAUCCACCAGCAGCCUUCAGCCCUCAAAGCAUUCAACAAGCAUAUCUCAUAGAUCACAGGCAUCAACCAGCUCAUCUACCACUCACACACCCCUACCAACUGACAGGACCAAGAGAUCACGAACCAAUACACCGCCUCUUGCAGCCCAAGCAUCCACCAGCAGCCUUCAGCCCUCACGUCAUCUAUUCCAGGCAUCAACCAGCUCAUCCAACACUCACACUCCCCUAUCAGCUGACAGGACCAACAGAUCAAGAACCAAUACACCGCCUCUUGCAGCCCAAGCAUCCACCAGCAGCCUUCAGCCCUCACGUCAUCUAUUCCAGGCAUCAACCAGCUCAUCCAACACUCACACUCCCCUAUCAGCUGACAGGACCAAGAGACCAAGAACCAGGACACCGUCUCCUGCACCGAACCCAUCCCUUUCGUUUGAUGCCUCACUUCUUGAGUUUGCUCAGAAAGAGCAUGAUCUGAAGAUUCAGCACCUUAACCGUGAGCACGAAAAGAGAAUGGAGAUCCUGGAGCUGGAGCAACGUUUCCAUUCCAAGAAACUGGAGUUACUCGAGCUCUAAGUUGUACCUUUUGU